AUGUCGACGGACGCGUGGGACCAGCGUCUCGUGGCGCGCGCCGCGGCCGCAUGGCCCAGCAAGGUGGUGCCAGCGUUUGGCUUUCACCCGUGGGGCGUACAUACCCUCUCGCUAGCGCACCCAGCGCCGCCGGCGCGCGAGCACUAUGAGGCGCUGCUGGGCCCGAAUGUGGCGGAACUGCUGCCGCACCUGCCGCCGCCGGUAUCGCUCACCGAGGCCCUGGCGCAGCUCGAGGCGUAUCUCGUUGCGCAUCCCCACGCACUCGUCGGCGAGGUGGGACUGGACCGCAGCUUCCGUAUUCCGCUCCCGCAGACGUCCCCGCGCCGCCUAUCGCGGUGCCAGACGCCGCUAGCGCACCAGCUGGCCGUGCUGCGCGCUCAGAUCGCCCUGGCGUGCCGUUACGGGCGCAGUGUGAGCAUGCACAGCGUGCGCGCGGCAGGUCCGACACUCGACCUGCUCGCGGAUGUGGACGCGCAUCUUCCCGGCUUCUCGCGCAUCGGCGUGCUUCUGCACAGCUGCACGCUCAGUGUGCCGAGCCUGACGCAGGUACAGCGCGCGCAUGCGAAUGUCUUUGUGUCUUUCUCUACGUGCGUACGAGGCACUGACCGCAGGGCCAUCCAGACGCAGCACACGUCCGAGCUGAUGCGCGCGUGCGAUCCCGCGCGGGUGCUGUGUGAGUCCGACUACCAUGCGUGGGCGGAGCUGGCGCCGCGCACGGCCGCUGCGAUGGCUGCCUAUGGCGCCGCGCGCGAGACGGGCGUGAGCGAUGAGCUCAAGGCGCAGUUGGCGAGCAAUUUCCAUAGGUACUGCCACUACAAGGAAACUAAAUCGUAA